AUGAUAAUGACAAGAAGUCUAAGGCUGGGAAGCAUCACAAUGAUAAUGCUAAUGGCGGUUUUGGUCUGGUCCAUAACUCUAGAGACCUGCAUUGCUAGAAGAGGAAGACAUUGGAGACAUAGCCACCGAAGCUCCUCUGACUUGUCUGAUUCCUUGUCAAGCAAGAAACCAAAAAGCCAUAGUCACCACAGCUCUCAUAACAACAACCAUAAUCAUCACCACAAGUCUAAACCUAAACCAAAGCUGAAAACGCCGCCAAAAAGUGACCACAAGAAAUCUCCGGUGGUUUCACGGCCACCAAAAGUCCAACCACCGUCUCUUCCGCCGUCAAAGGGAUCCAAAGUUUUCAAUGUGAUGGAUUUUGGCGCAAAGGGUGAUGGCAAAUGUGAUGACACUAAGGCGUUUGAAGCGGCUUGGGCAGCUGCUUGCAAAGUUGAAGCAUCGAUGAUGAUCAUACCACCUGAGUACACUUUCCUUGUCGGUCCAAUCUCAUUCUCUGGUCCUUAUUGUCAAGCUAACAUUGUGUUUCAGCUUGAUGGGACGAUCAUAGCUCCUACGGAUUCAAAAUCAUGGGGAAAAGGGUUAAUGUGGUGGAUUGAUUUCACAAAGCUAAAAGGAAUCAAAGUACAAGGGAAAGGUGUGAUUGAUGGAAGAGGCUCAGGUUGGUGGCAACAAGAUUACCCUUUCAUUGAUGGUGAAACCAAGCUCAUCGUUCCCUUGAACAACUCUGUUAACCAUAACCCUCCAAUGCCUGAACGAAGUGAGCUUGAUUGGAAAAUGCCAAGCAUAAAACCAACGGCACUGAGAUUCUACGGGAGUGUUGGCGUGGAAGUGUCUGGUAUAACGAUCCAAAACAGUCCUCAAUGUCACCUCAAGUUUGAUAACUGCGUCGACGUUUUGGUGCAUGACAUGGUUGUUAAUUCACCUGGUGACAGUCCAAACACCGAUGGGAUUCACCUCCAGAACACCAGAGAUGUUCUCAUUCACAGCUCAACACUCGCUUGCGGAGAUGACUGUAUCUCAAUCCAAACAGGUUGCUCAAAUGUAUACAUACACAACAUAAACUGUGGACCAGGUCACGGCAUCAGCAUAGGUAGUCUCGGCAAAGACAGCACAAAAGCCUGCGUCUCAAACAUAACAGUUCGAGACGUGGCUAUGCACAACACGAUGACAGGUGUCAGGAUCAAGACAUGGCAAGGAGGAGUAGGAUCAGUGAAAGGGAUACUCUUCUCAAACAUUCAACUCAACGAAGUCCAGCUUCCAAUAGUGAUAGACCAAUUCUACUGUGACCAUACCACAUGUAAGAACCAGACAUCAGCUGUUGCAGUUGAAGGAGUGACUUAUGAGAAGAUAAAAGGCACUUAUACCGUGAAACCGGUUCAUUUCGCAUGCAGUGAUAACUUCCCUUGUGUAGAUGUGCAGUUAUCUGGAAUUGAGCUUAGGCCUGUUCAAGAACGGUAUCAUAUGUAUGAUCCUUUUUGUUGGCAGACAUUUGGUGAGCUCAAUAGUCCUACUCUUCCUCCUAUUGGUUGUUUACAGAUUGGGAAGCCUGCUAGAAACAGAGUUCAGUCUGAUCAUGAUGUAUGUUGAUGGUUCUUGUUAAAGAGUAUGAACAAUGUAGAUUAAUGUAUAUCUAUCUUUAGCCUAAAAGCUCUACUACUACUAGUUCUUGUUGAAAGUGG